GCAGCGCGGAUCUUCCAGGCGCGCUCCAAUGGUGAGGCCGGGAAGGCGGGGGCGGAGCGCUCAAAUGCGGGGCGGGAGGAAAUGGCGCUGCGCCGGCAGUUGCAGCAGUUCGUACGCAGCCCGUUGUCCGCCGGUUCUAUCGUCGUGGAGCAGCCGCCCGCCGCCACCGAGCCCUCUUCACGCGCCUUACUGCCACCGCCACCGCCUCCCUUACUGCCGCCGCACUGCGCCGUCUUCCACUGCCGCGGCUGCUGGGCGGUGCUGGGGGACUCGCUGCACCUCUGCGCUCAGGAGGAGCGGUGGGGGCUCAGCCUCCUCGUCUGUUUCAAAGUCACCAACGAUGUGAGCUGGGAGGACUCGCUCCUCUUCGGCCUCGAGGGAGCCCUCCUGGGAUGUGCUUAUAAUGCAUUAUCCUGCCGGUCAUGUGGCUUGGUAGUGGGCUUCAUUCUUUAUUCUGCCUCUAGUGCCCUGGCAUAUCUCCGAGGCUUCUUCUGUUUCUUGAAGGACAGCAUCAUCUGUUAUCUCUUAGAAAAACAAACUUCAAUAGAAGCUUCUAAGGUGAAUUUUCCUGCUGUGACCUUGAAGGGCCAACUGCAGGAACUGAAAGAAAAGCUUGUGGAGACUCACACUCGCAUAGAGAAGUUGAUAAAGCAGCUACAGGAACUGGAACAAAAGAAUAACAUGUCAGAAAGGCAAAGCUCUGUAUCGGAUGCCGUUGACCAGGAAGUUGAAGGCUCUUGUGCCUGAAGUCUGCUGAACAGCUGGACUCAGAGAAGAUAUCCAACAUACCUUAGUUUUGCUCAAAAUGUUAAGCUUUGACAAAGCUACAGCAAGGACAAACACAUCUCAGAAGUGGAGCGGAGGGUGUAAUAAAUUGGUUAAUUUGGCUUCUGAACAAAUGACACAUCCAGUUUUAGUGCAUUCUCAGCCUGUGCUGCUUUAUUGCUAAAAAAAUUUGUAUACAGGUGCAGAGUUUCCAAGUUCAUUUUUAAACAGUUCCUCUUUACAGUGUCAAAAGAAUAAAAUCUUAUCUUGAAAUCCUCAAAGAUGCAUAGAUAUAAAAGCAAGCUGCCUUUUGGAAAAACAUCAGAAUUUGCAGGGAGACAUUCUUUCACUGUUACCAUGUAAAACAUGUGCAAUGGGAGUACACAGUUCCUAGUGACACCAAUAAUUUCCUUCACUAAUCCAUAUUCACUAAUCCAUAUAAGCAUGCCAUCAGAAGUGCAGUAAAAGAAGUAUUUUUCUAGCCUGUUUUUAAGUAUGAAGGUAAAGUUAAAGAAUCUAUAACUAAUACUUCUCCUUUGCUGUUGUGUCACUUUUGAAAAGGAGGAUAUCUUCACAGACUAUUCCCCAGCUUUUAUAUUGAAGGAAAUAAACAUUAACAAAAGAUACAAUUGCUUACACAUCCCACAAAAUAUAUUUCACAGGGUUUAAAAUUAUGUGAAGUGUUCUAAAGAAUACUCACAAAGAAUUAGGUGGCCCUGGUCAACUGUAGGGCUAAACUUGUUUUACAAAUUCUCUUUUUGCUUGAAGAAAUUGGCUCAAAGGAUUGCAUUUAGUCUAACUUCUGAUACCAUAAACCAGGUCUCUUAUAAUAUUCCUAUCUUCAUUUGGCAAUUCUUGUGUAACUAGAAAGAGCAUUCAUGAAAAAAAAAAAACACAACCCCCAUUCUAAACCCAAAUCAUGAUGCUGUAUGGAUGAUUGGCUAUGAAAUAUGAACAGGAGUUAACUUGACACACAGUUUCUUCCUGCAAGACACUUCCUCUUUCUAUUUAAGAAAAAGGACUGAGCCUCUGUACAUGGAGAAGUGUUCUGCACAAGUUAAGCCCACCUACAAAAUUAAGCUAAGCUAGAAGUAUGAAAUUUUGCAGUAACAAGCUAGUAUUCUACAUGCUUGAAUACAAGUUGAAACUUGGAAAAGUAUUAGUGACGUAGGCUAUGCCACACAUUCUAUGUUAUUUUCAAACUGCCAGCAGAAAUUCACUGCAUUAUCCACUGAAAGACUUGGGAAAUAUUACAGAGAACACACUAAAAGUUUACAGAAAGAUGGCACCCAAAUUCCCUUUUAUUAAAUAAGAGAAAUAAAGAAAAAAA